GUUCACAAUUCUGACAACCGUCGUUCGUGGCUUCUGCGAUUUCGCCAACUUAAAAUCAGCUAAAAUCUUAUUCAAGUGUAAAUUUCUUCGUGACACCUGAUCGUAUCUGACCAAAUGUCAAUGAGAACGUGAUCUUUAACAGUAGAUCAAAAUCACCGUACGAAUAAACCUUCAGUUUGUUGUUCACACGUGCAACGCGCAGAGUGGUAAUUGCUCUGACUGCAGAGGUUGAAGUAGGAUGAGUAGAUAAUCGCAUUACAAACAUUUGUGUUAUACAGACGUUGAUUGUAAGUUAUCGUGUGUACUAUAAGGUGCAGUAUGCAUGCGAGAACUUCAUCUCACUUCAUUAGUUUCGAACGUUACCUCAACUGACUCAGCUUGUGAAAUUUCUCGCGUUGGAUAAUAGUAUACAUUGGGAUCGAGCGAAAAUUCAUUUUUACUGCACCUUAUUGUUCGGUCGAAUGUACAAUCGGAAAAUUAUUAUUCCCUCAAUCAGCUGCAUGUGAUGAUUCGAAACUCAUUGCGUAACCGCAUGUCACAUAUACUUCUGAUAUACCUUAUGUACUAUUGAAUACGUAGUUGUCCGAAAAAUGCUUCUCCAUUUCUUAACGUAAACAUUAAAUGAGAAUUGGAUAAGACCCAUGAUGCAGUCAGCUUUAAGAUUUUUAUCUCCGCGUGAAAUUUCUGAAAUAUUCAGGAUAUGAAGCGUCGAACUUAUCGUCACGAUGAAUUCGAGAGACCAUUUUCGGGCCUGAAUAAGGUUUUCAAUUUUUUAGGAAAAAAUCACAAACUCAAAUUCAAACAAAAUAAGGAGACGGAUAUGCCUGUAGAUUUUUAUUGCGCACCGGCAAGUAUUCCUUGCCGAUCUGUGAUGAUGCUCGCCAAAGCUAUUGGCAUCCAUCUCAACUUGAAGACCCUGAAUUUAUCCAAAGGCGAACACUUGAAGUCAGGAUUUGAGAAGAUUAAUCCACAACAUACAAUACCAACGAUCAACGACAAUGGAUUCAUACUUUGGGAAAGCCGUGCUAUCUUGGGAUACUUCGUUGAAAGGUACGCGAAAGACGAUUCGUACUAUCCAAAGUCUCCAGAAGAAAGAGGAAGAGUCGACCAACGACUGUAUUUCGACCUUGCUAUUCUAAAUUACAACCUUCUCAAGGCUUACCUUGACGUGAUAACUGGCAAAUCGAAUAAAGUCAACGAGGAGGGUGUAGCAGGAUUGGAAAAGGCAUUUGAAUUGUUAGACGCUUUUUUAAAUGAGCAAGACUACGUCGCAGGCGAUAAUUUGACCAUUGCGGAUUUCAGUAUAAUCAGCACAAUCAGCACCGCUGAUGAAGUUGGCUUUGACAUACGUCGUUAUGACAACGUCAUGGAAUGGUAUCAACGAUGCCAAAAAGAUCUGUCCGACUUCGGAUACGAGCAAAUAGACAGCGCCGGUGCUAAAAUACUGGGAAACCUAUUCAAGAAAAAUCUGCUGGUGCAAUAAAUCUUCAUUCUCAAUUGGCUAUGGUACAUUACUUCGAUCGGUCCCAUCGGUAACAUCAAGUUAUUCGAUGAAGAAAAUGUGUUUUAUUUUUUCCCUCGAUCCUGUGCGAAACUUUUCUGGAUCAAAUAAACUGAAAAUGCAAACGCAAA